AUGCAAGCGCCGGAGGAGGAAGUCCACGACCCCUCACCCGCGUCCGCGUCCGCGGCGGCGGAGGAGGAUGCCAUCGACCAGGAGGACGCCGACGGGGAGGAGUACGACGAGGAGGACGAGGAGGGGUACGAGUUCGACGACGCCGCCGACGCGGCGCAGUGCGUCGAGAUGGCGGAGCGGGGCCCGGCCGGCGGGGGCGCCGGGCCCACCGUCAAUAUCCGGGACUUCGAGGCCCUGGCCGCGCUAUCCCGCAAGCGGGCCUUCCCGGAGGACCACCCGCCCUGGGACUCCUCCGCCACCAAGAAAAAGAAGCAGCAUCAGGGGGAGCUCUCGUCGGAGGCCGAGUCCGCCGACCUCUUCGACCAGCUGAUGGAAGGCUUCGGCCUCCGUCGAAAGAAGCGGCGCAAAUCCAAGGACGGGAAGCGGCGAGGACGCACCAAAGGCAAACGCAACAAAUGCAGCCCGGAGGUCAUCAAGAAGCUGGGCGACGCCACGCUGCUCUUCACGGAGAACCGGUUCAAGGAGGCGAUCCCGAUCCUGCACGAGAUCGUGCGCAUCGCGCCCAACCUGCCCAACGCGUACAACCUGCUGGGCAGCAUCUACAGGGAGACCGGGGAGGUGCACAAGGCCAUCAACUUCGUGUGGGUGGCCGCCAACGUCGCCCCCAAGGACGCCGCGCUCUGGAAGAAGCUCAUCGACCUGGCCCUGAAAGUCGAGGACGCCGCGCUGGCCAGGCACUGCGUCAUCAAGGCCAUGAGGGCGGAUCCGGAGGACGUCGGGCUCAAGUACGACUGCGCGAAUAUAUACCGCACCCUGCGCGACUACCACAAGGCCGCCGAGGUGUACGAGCAGAUUGUCAGGAUUUACCCUUCCAACGCCGUCGCGAGGAGAACGGCGGCGCAGAUGUACAGGGACUCUGGUCAGAUUGACAAGGCUAUUGAUCUGUUGGAGGAGUUUGUCAACGCGCAGACUGCAAACGUCGACUGGAGUCUGCUGGAUUUGCUGGUAUCCCUCUAUCUUAGAAAUAAUAACCAUGGUGAAGCACUGAGGCAGAUCAACAGGGCACACCUGGUGCUGGGAUCUCAGCACAAGUUACCAGUACGGCUGCAGGCAAAAGCAGUAAUCUGCCAAGCUCAUGUUGGAAAUAUGAAGCCUGCUGAGGUGUUCCUUCAGGAUGUGUGUUUGGAGCGUUCAAAGGAGAACGCUGAUUUGAUUGCCGAGGUCGCUAGCACUCUUGAAAACUUGGGCAAGUAUGAGUAUGCGAUGAGGUUUUACUCGAUGGUUGAAGACGUUGCUGUUGAUCAUGAUGGUAGCUCGUAUGUGAAAGUUGCUCGAUGCUACAUGGUCAUGGGGGAGAAAACAAAGGCUAUUGCAUACCUCUACAAAGCUUUGGAUAAGAUGAAGGACAGUGUCGAUGUGCGGAUAACAUUGUCUUCUCUUCUUGCUGAUGAGGAUAGGAGCGAUGAUGCUAUCAGUGUGCUUUCUCCGCCUGAAAAUCGGGAGUUGCAGUCUGCUAGUAUCCCGAACAAACAGAAACCUUGGUGGCUGGACGGGGAAGUGAAGAUGCAGCUUGCCAGACUUUAUUAUAACAAAGGCAAGAUGCAGGAAUUUGUGGAUACCAUUUUUCUUCCCAUUCUUGAGACGCUGGAUAUCGAGAAUGCUAAUCGAAAGGUCAAGGUUACAAAAAAGCUCACAAAUGAUGUUCUGCAGGAAAGAACUAAAGUGCUGGGCGAGGUACGUCCAGACAGUGUAUUUCAAGGAUGCAGGCCAAUAGCUUCACCUGCAGAGUUACUGAAAGCAAACAGAGCAAAGAAAUUGCUAGAAAAAAGGGCAGCUUCAAAUGAUGAAGAUAUGGUAAGGCAUGAUAAGCGGAGAGCAAAGCAAAUACCCCCUCUUCCUGGUCUGCUCACCAAUAUGGAGAACCAUCAGCUUGUCUUAGAUCUAUGUCGAACAUUGACUUUGCUGCAGCAAUACUUUGAGGCGCUGCAAAUUAUCAAUCAUGCUCUUAAAUUUGGAAAUGAUCCGUUCUCUGAUGACAACAAAGAGGAACUCCGGUCCCUGGGUGCUGAAAUAGCAUAUAGAGCUCCAGAUCCCAGGCCUGGUUUUGAUUAUGUCCGCUAUUUAGUUCAGAAGCACCCGCAUUCCGUCUCUGCAUGGAACUUCUACUACAAAGUGACAUCAAGAGAUGAGAAACGUCAGAGUAAGUUUCUUCUUCGGGCAAGAAGGUAUCCCAACUGUGUGCCUCCUAAAAUUAUAUCUGGGAAUCAAUUUACUGAAAUCAAACAACAUCAGUCCGCUACUCGGGAUUAUCUGGAGGCAUACAAGCUGGACCCGGAAAAUCCUUUUAUCAAUCUGUGUGUUGGUUCGUCCUUGGUCAACCUAUCCCUUGGCUUCAGACUUCAGAACAAGAACCAGUGCAUCGUCCAAGCGUUUGCCUUCCUCUACCAGUGCCUUCGCAUUGGCAGCAACAGACAGGAGGCCCUGUACAACAUUGCCCGUGCGUACCACCACGUUGGCCUCAAAACCUUGGCGGUCAUCUACUACGAGAAGGUUUUAGCCAUGGAGGUGAAAGAUGAACCCAUACCCAAGCGUCCAUUCGAGGAGGAUGCACAACAGCAGCAGGAUCUCAGGCCUGGCUACUGCGACCUCCGAAGAGAGGCCGCCUUCAAUUUGCAUCUGAUCUACAAGGAAAGCGGAGCAACUGAUCUGGCGAGGAGGAUUCUCAAGACCUACUGUUCUUUUUAGGAAUCGAACUUGCUACGGAUCAUUGCAAAAAAAUUAGCGGGAUCGUAGGGGCAAUUGAAUGUGUAAUUUAAUAGUUGAGCCCAAAAGAGAACUAUACUUUCAUAUGUCUCCUGCCAGAUUUUAUCAUAUAUAUGUUCUGGAGUAAUGAUAUAAUACCUAUUUCCUCCAACUUGAUUAUGGAGAAAAGAAUGGAUGACGAUUCAAUUACUUUACAGUACAACAUAAAGUAG